AAGCUCUACUUGUAGACUAGCUCGAAUACCAUUAAGAACUGGGAUAUCGCCAUAGUUCCAUUCGGUCCGUCGUAUAGCAUGGGUACAUCCGAGCAUAUAUCAUCUUGAACUCCUAGUAAGGCUCUCAGGAAGCUUCUGAUAACACUACCAUACCUUGUGGUCUUCAAGCUGCCGCAAUUCCUCCUGUUAUAAUCAUUACUCUUCCAUUUAGCGCUUUCAUGUGAGCCUGGCUAACAAUAUCUCGUGGUUUUACUUUCAGUAUAGGACCGUCCCGUGUCUCUCCUACACCCUGGCCACAUGCUCCGAGUUACGCCUGGUUGACCGAUCUGCUCUCCACGCAGGAAACCCCUCAUAUAUCCUCUUAUUCCCCCUGGGAUCACAUCGGCCAACAUGUUUUGGCGCUUUGGGGGUGGAUAUGCGAACAUUUCCACCCUAGACUCGAUACUGGAUAAACCCGAUGUUACUCUUGAGGAGCUGCUGGACGAGUCGGAUCUUAUCCAAGAGCUGAAGCAGCAGAACUCGAAGUUAAUAGAGUAUCUGCGCGACGACAAUAUACUUGACCGCCUACUGAGAUAUGUAGUUGCGCUGAACCCGGAGCCGACACCGGACGAAGAUGAACCGAGCCCAGCGGAGAAGGACAGGCCAUCGAGCGGCGGCGCCUUGGACAGCUUCUUCAGCAAGGGAAGGCGUCGAUCAAGAUCGAAGUCAUUAGGCAAAGACGACGGAGAUGGGGAGGAAUCGAAAGAAGAAAAGCAACGGCUGAAGUACGCAUAUGUGGCCAGUGAGAUUCUUUCCUCGGAGGUCUGGUCCAUCUCGGAGGCUUUGAUGGAAAACCAGGAAAGCUUGCGCAAAUUCUGGGAUUAUGCCAAGCAAGAACCACCACUUGACGCCGUCCAAGCUGGAUAUUUCAUGAAAGUCAACGAGUCCCUGUUAGAUCGAAAGACCGAGGAGAUGCUGGAUCUAUUCAAAUCCAUCGAUAACAUCAUUCCGGACAUGUUGCAGCAUGUCGACUGUCCCAUGAUCAUGGAUCUCUUAUUGAAGAUCAUCAGUUUGGAGAAGGCCGAAGGAGGACAGGGCAUUGUUGAUUGGUUGCAAACGAAGGACAUGAUACCCAUUUUGCUUUCAUAUUUGUCUUCUAAGCAGUCCUCUUCCACCCAAACUUCGGCCGGAGAUUUUCUUAAAGCCAUCAUUACGAUAUCAGCGAACGCGACGAGUCAGGAUCAGAGUGUCAUCGGUCCAAACGAGUUGACACGACAAUUGGUGUCCGAGGAAUGCAUCGGAAUGCUGAUCAACGAAAUGCUUGGUGGCGGCAAUCCUCUGACUGUUGGCGUUGGUAUUGUCAUUGAGGUUAUCCGAAAGAAUAAUUCCGACUAUGACAUGGACAACCAAAUAGGCCCAGUUCCCAAAUCUUCCGACCCGAUAUACCUUGGCACCCUUCUUCGCCAGUUCGCGCAGCAUAUCCCCGACUUCAUGAGUCUUAUCCAGCACACUGCUAUGGAAACCGUCGAAGAGAAUGGCGUCAAGGUUCAAAUACCCAAGAAAAUCAAAUCGGCCUUCGGCGAACCAUUCGAGCCGCUUGGAUUCGAUCGGUUCAAGACAUGCGAAUUGAUGGCAGAGCUACUCCAUUGCAGUAAUAUGGCUCUUCUCAACGAGAGGGGGGCAGAAAUGGAGAUCAGGGCAAGGGACGCCGAGCGUGCCAGACUUAAAGCAGAAGGAAAGUUGACCUCCGUGAAAGAGUCUGCUCUCGAGAAUGACUUUGGAACGAGCGUUGACAGCUCCGGUUUUCAUCACGCGCGACGGCCUUCGAGCUUAGAAGGUUCCCCGGAACUGAUCAAACGGUUGGAAGUUUCGAAUAGCGGCGAGGAAGACGAGUUCGAAAAGGUUGCAGCGUCUGAUGUCUAUGGCGAAGAGGUGGAAACCGAUCCUGGCAAGGACGAUACGGCUCAUGCUCUUUCAGAGAAGGACGACUUGUCAGAUGGCAGCUCAGCAAACACCGAGAAAGUCCCUAAUGAGAAAGCUGAAGAGAAUGAGAGCGCAACCGAGAAAGCAGCAGAAGAUACGAACCACGACGGCCCUACAUCCACCGACACGGAGUCCUCAGGAUCACUUAGCGAAAGACUUGAUCAGCUGAAGCUAGAACAAGGCCUUGGUCUGGAUACAGGAGCCGAACCUACGACCGCAGCAGAGUUUGUGGAUAGCCUACCUCCAGGGGAAGAGACUGACACCGAUCGUAUGCAAUAUGAACCUAGCUUCGAAAUCUCUGCAGCAAUGCCCGCACCAUUAUUCUCGAGCAAGCCAAGUGUUUCCAACAACAUAGAGCAUGACGGUCCGGCAUCAAAAGAAGACGCCAUGGACGAAACUGAGAAACGUGGAACGGAUACGGGAACGGAGUUUGAGGAUUCCCAGAGCUCACAUUCAGUCAUUCUUGCAGGUCCCCCAGAAGAACCCGCACCUCCGUUUGAGGUCGACGUGGAUGGUGCACCCGUCGUUGGGGAUUUUUUGAAGAUACAAUUCGUGGAGAACAGAGUGGUACCUACGAUCCUUGACUUCUUCUUCCGGUUUCCAUGGAAUAACUUCCUCCACAACGUUGUCUACGAUGUCGUUCAACAAGUCUUCAACGGUCAAAUGGAACGCGGUUUCAACCGCAGCCUAGCCAUCGACCUCUUCGACAAUGGCCGAAUCACCGAGCGAAUCAUCGACGGCCAGGAAGCUAGCGAUAAAGCACAGGAGGAGACCAACAUCCGUCUCGGAUACAUGGGACACCUGACAUUAAUCGCCGAAGAAGUAGUCAAGUUCACCGAACGACACCCGCCCGAGCUCCUCUCCCAAUCUGUCCUAGAACGGGUCAUGAGCGAUGGGUGGGUCACUUACGUCGAGCAAACGCUCACCGAGACACGCGAACGCGACAACGCCAUCCUAGGCGGCGUGCGACCCGAUCUGGCCGGCGGCCCACGCCAAGCCGUUCUGAAUGCAGUCAACUCCGCGCAAGGCUACGACGGCGGGUCCUCCGGCCUCGCCGCGUUGAUGGGCCAAAGCAGCGGCUCCAACGGCCUGGAGACCCUCGAACUCGCCGGCGACCCGGGAGCGGGCGGAUACACCUUCGGCGGCAACACGCUGCUCAGCGGAUUCAAUCAUUCCAGCGACGAGGAAGACGAGGAGGGGGAUGAAGGGGGCGUGAUUGGGGGCAGCGAGAGCGGGGAGGCUGAUGUUGAUGAUCGGGAGACUCAACCGUUGAGCGAAUCAGACCAACCUAAGUCGACGCCUCCCAUCGCGAUCCCUCCUCCGCUGCAGGUCGCGCCGUCGCGCGCGCGCCGACAAUUUGCCGCUCGGCUUGCCCAACGUCAGAAAGAGCUUGAAGCAGCCAACGCCGCAUCCGUUGAUGGUGACCCCGUUGCCGGGGAGGAUGAUGAUGAUGAGAAAGAGCCGGACCAUGAUGCUGACGAUGUCAGCGCGAGCCAGGUCUGGAUAUCCGGGCCGCCGAGACUCGGUGAUCGCUUCCGGUCUGGAUCUGAUGAUGGAGAUGACGAAAUGUGAUGGGUUAUCGGGGACGAUGGGUGGGCGGAUUGGGAAUUGGAUGACAUGGGGUCCGAUCAUGGUUUUGGGUAUCUCGACGUAGCGGUCAGUCGACGCUAGGGAUCAAUGACGGCGGGGUAUUGCAUGUUUCGAGGAUGUGACGUGUAUGAUAUGCGAGGCUAUGGUGAUUGUGUAGGUAAUGUUGUGGAUCACCUCUCUAUACCCUGAAUAUGACUAUAUUAUUUCUAUUCAUAGACAAGUAGUCUAUGCAUUGGCGAC